UCACUCUGAUUGGAAGCCGCGGUGGAUGCGUGUUGCCUGAGGUCUGGGGCUGGGGAGGAGGGGAUUUGAAGCUGGCAUCAGCUUCCCGACACCCGGGAGUCCAGCCCUCCGCCCAAACGUGACGUUUUCCUUCCCUUCACUGGGGGACGGCUAAAUAAAACAUUUGCACAUCUGGCAGGCUCAUAGCUACUGGAGACACACACACACACAUAGAGGGAAAGACGGAGAGGAAGAGAGAUGUUUGCUGCAAGGCUUCAUUCACUCUGAUCCUGUAACAAUCUCACAGCCCCACACCUGUCUCCCUGGGCUGACACAUGCAACGCAGGAGCCUGAGAGAAGAGAGCGGAGCUGCCUCGUCCGGUUGGAGGAGGGUUUGUAACUGGGCAGUGGGGAGUUUCAACACUGCUCCUUGAGGGGGAGGAGAGACGGGCGGAAGAUUUCGUCUGUCUUAUGUGUUUCAUUUGGACAUUCGACCAUUGCCACCGACAUUACAUUUUAAAACAAAACAUGUUUUAUUUUUCUUCGGGGUGUCUGUUGUGUCUGGUUUUCUGAGUCAAUGAAAGGUUAAGGACAAAAAGGAAAACAAACACACACUGCGCCAAAUAGAUACAUUUAUUUUCCGCAACUGGGAAGCGCCAGGACUAACGAUGGAGACGGGCUCAAUGCAGAUUCUUCCAAAUGAAACGGGCCGCUUUGCAGCUGAAUUGAAAUCGUUUUAAUCUCUGUACGGUUCGGUUCGGGAGCCUGACUUUUUUCUGAGCACUCCCCACCCCCCCCCCCCCCCCCCCCCCCUCCACCUCCCGUCAGCUCGAUCCCAGCAAUGAUGCUGCUCCGCAGAUUCCGGGUGCUUAUCGUCAUGGUCUUUCUGAUCGCCUGCACCAUGCACAUUCUCAUUGACCUGCUGCCCAGGCUGGAGAGGAGACCGGAGCCGGGGCUUUCCGGAGGAGGGGCUGGACCGGGCUGCCCCUGUCAGCACCGGGACUCGCUGCUUGUUGGCCCCGAGCUGCAGCCGGGGCUCCCGGCCUGGGGCAAGCCACUAGCUGGGGCCGCUCCUCCAGGAGGGGGUGCCGGAGGAGAUGCUGUUGUCUGGCCCAACAAACACACCCUCCGGAUCUUGCAGGAUUUCAGCAGCGACCAGGCAGCCGGCUCCAACCGGAGCGGCUCGCAGCCCCUGGCUAAGGCUGAGGAAACCGGACUGAGAGUGGGUGAGGAACACAACAAGAGGCUGAUCCCAGAUCGGGUCCUGGACGCUGUAAUCCGAGCUCCCGGCCAGUACUCCAAACUGACUGCACUCUUCAAACAUCCUAAUUACCAGAGCCCGAUCCCAGCACUUACACAAGGAGAAAUCUUGUUCAACAUUAAUACGGACAUAAAGUUUAACCCUAAACUUCCCCGUGACUGGGUGAAUGAAGAUGAGGAAGACCUUGCAGCGACUGGCGAUCCCCCCAUAGACUCGUACCCCAACUGGUUAAAAUUUCACAUCGGGAUAAACCGCUAUGAGUUAUAUUCUCGCCGCAAUCCAGCCAUUGAAGCUUUGCUGGAAGAUCUAGUGAGCCAGCAGAUCUCCAGCGUAGGUGAGGAAAAUCUCUAUUUGAAUAACUGCUCCCUUGCUCUAACAUGCUUCUUUGUCCUUGCAUAUUCCGCACAUGCCCCUCCCCGCCCCCGAACUAAUUAG